AUGCAACGAAGCGACCUUUACAAACACAUUUCGGUGGACGACCUUCCAGACUCAGUCUGCUACCGCGAUAUCGAGCUAUUUUACCUUGAAGACCCAAAUAGCAAACGCGAUGCUCUUUGUGCCACCAUCGAGUUUCGCAAUCUUAAAGAAGCUCGUCCAAAUGCCCAGGAUAACCCCAGCAUCCUAAUACACGACGCCGCCAAACACAUCGCUGCCACUUCGGCCCAAUUCCUGCGCGAUGUGGUGGCAUUCCGAGCCAGAAUCCAGGCUCAGUUACCCCCCAGUCUUUUCAAUGCCCAGGGAGUGUUAAGGGAGAAUGACGGAGUCUACAUUGGAAUCCUCGCGACUCUGAGUUAUGAAUUUCUGGUGGCAUUCUAUGCAACCAUUGCUAUAGGCGCCGCCGCAGUGCCAUUAUCGACGAACAUUCUCCCUGGAGAGGGCGAGUGGCUUUUAGCGAAAUGUCGCGCGGCUGGUUUGUUGGUCGCAUCGGAUCAGACCAAACUAGCGUCCCAGAUACUGGGAGCCACCCCGGCCCGCUGUUGUCUGAUUCCCAUCCACUACGCGCUCGACGAAAGUUUCACGGCCGUCCCUUAUAUCACAGAUGAGAUUUCGUUUCCGCCUGCACAGCCGGGCCUUCUGCUUUUCACGUCUGGGACCACCGGGCCUCCCAAGGUCUACCGCCCGGUGAAUGGCCUCUCAGGAGUCCUUAAUCUCAUGGACCUUAUUUACGUCGGGGCCCGGGCAGAGCUCUUCCCCGGCGGCAUCCAAGCUCAGCCAAUCUGGGAACGACUGGGACAAGGCGGGGUGACAGUGUUGGCCGGGGCAACUCGAUUCUGGAGUGUUUUGCGGUCGUACUACGAGGAGUCCCUCCGUUCAUUGCCAACUUCAGAGCUCUCGAAAUAUGACGAAGGGGUGCACAAUCUCCGGGUGGGUGACCCCGGGGAGCUGCUUGUGAAAGCCCCAACUAUGAUGCUAGGGUACAUCGACGAUGCAGAGCGAACCCGGGAUGCCUUCGACGACGACGGAUACUUCAAAACGGGGGACCUAGCUCACCGGGACCGUGAUGGCACGUAUGUCAUUGAUGGCCGCGCAUCCGCCGAUUUCGUGCGUUUCAGCGGGUUGAGGAUCCCAGCAUACGAAGUCGAAUCACAGAUCUGUGAACUCCCCUACGUCUCCGAGGUGUAUGUCCUCUCCGUUCCGGACACGCGAUAUGGACAAAGUGUCGGCUCAUUGGUUCGCCUACGGCCGGGCGCCGUCGCGGGCAAUUGGGCUAAAAGCAAAAAUGGCUUUACACCACUCUCGUGGGCAGCUUGGGAGGGCCGUAAAGUGGUAAAGCUGUUGCUUGCCAAUAAUGCCAAUAUUGAAUCUAAAGCAAUACCAACCAGACAGAUCUUAUUGGCAAUUGAGAACGGGCAUGAGGUGGUAGUGAGACUGCUAGUGAAAUUAAAGGCAAAAAUGUUCAGACGACAGCGGAGGUUAGACUGCCUUCCUAGCGCCGCCCAACACUAG